GCGGACAGUCCUGCCAGUCAUUCCUCUGUGCCCGCCCCUUCCGGUUCCGCGCUAUCCCCUGGUUCUCUCUGGUUCCGUUUUAUCCGCGGUGACGGCGGCUCUCUGGUUGAAAGUCACUUUGAGGAAAGAAGAAGCUCGGGUGUCUUCGUUGCCGAGAAGAGAAAAUGGCAGAAAGUAUCAAGACUAAGCUGGAAAACUAUAAAACGGCCCCAUUUGACAGCCGGUUUCCCAACCAAAACCAAACCCGCAACUGCUGGCAGAAUUACCUUGAUUUCCAUCGCUGUGAGAAAGCCAUGGCAACCAAGGGUGAAGAUCCUUAUGUCUGCCAGUGGUACAAGAGGGUAUACAAGUCCCUUUGCCCUGUUUCUUGGGUUACCGCCUGGGAUGAACGUAUAGAAGAGGGGACCUUUCCUGGUAAGAUCUGAUAAUCUCACGUCUGCCGACUGCGCUUCUUCUCAGGACACUGUUGUGCUGCUGAGUUGCCUCUGCGUGGUGACUCUGAAGGAUCAUCUGAAGUAUCUCAUCUCUCCAGUUCUUAUCCACUUGAGCGUCCAGCAUCAUUCAACAGUGCAGAGUCUUGGAUGUUGCCAUUUCUAAUUAAAGGGAUGAAACCUGA